CUCUCUCACUAACCUUGUAUACACUAUUACAUAUCUAAGUGGGUGCAGUAACUGCUUAGGACUCUAAGCGCCGCUGUUCACCUAUUUGGAGAUAAAUUUAACCAAAUGCCAUCUGGUUACUAAAGGCUCAGAUCUCGCCGCAGAUCCCACAAACCAACUGCAGGGCUGCAGCGAAAUUCUGUCCCUACAUCUGAGACACUCCAGUUUUCUAUAAGAUGAUCUCCAUAGCUGCAGCAAAAAGGUAAACAAGACACAUAUGCCCAAUGAGGAUUCUGAAUGGAUUCAGUAGUGAAAGAACAAUGGCCGCUCCAAAGAAUUACCAGAGACGCGGAGAGCUGGUCCUGCUGUGCGCGCUCAUGGGCACGCUGUGGGAAAUCGGGAGAGGACAGAUCCAUUAUUCGGUGCCAGAAGAGAGCGACAAAGGAUCCUUCGUGGGUAACAUCUCCAAGGACCUGAAUCUGGAAUCACAAGAGCUGGUGAAGCACGGAGUCCGCAUUGUCUCCAGAGGUAGGACGCAGCUUUUUGCUCUGAACCGGAAAACUGGCGGCUUGCUCACCGCGGGCAGGAUAGACCGGGAGGAGCUUUGUGCUCAGAGCAUGCAGUGUCUAGUAAAUAUCAACAUCCUGAUUGAGGGCAGAGGAAAACUUUUUGGGAUAGAAAUAGAAAUCACUGAUAUCAAUGAUAAUAACCCAAAAUUCCAGGUCGAAAAUCUGGAAAUGAAAAUUAAUGAAAUCGCUGCGCCUGGAACACGUUAUCCGCUCCCAGAGGCUGUUGACCUGGACGUGGGCAUGAAUUCCUUGCAGAGCUACCAGCUCAGCCCCAAUCACCACUUCUCCCUGGACGUACAAACUGGAGGCGACGGAACUCUACACCCAGAGCUGGUGCUGGAGAAGGCCCUGGACCGCGAGGAAGAGGCUGCGCACCACCUGGUCCUCAUUGCCUCGGACGGCGGUGACCCGCGUCGCUCCAGCACAGUGCACAUCCACGUGACAGUGCUGGAUACAAACGACAAUGCCCCGGUUUUUGCUCUACCGAUUUACCAAGUGAAAGUCCCAGAGAACGUGCCCCCGGGCACCCGGCUGCUUACUGUGAGCGCUAGCGACCGGGAUGAGGGAGCCAACGGAGAAGUAGCCUAUAGAUUCUGGAAAAUUAGUGAAAAGCAGUCUCCGCUAUUCCAGCUGAAUGAAAAUACUGGGGAAAUAUCAACGGCAGAGAGUCUAGACUAUGAAGAAUGUGCAUUUUAUGAAAUGGAAAUACAAGCUGAAGAUGUGGGGGCACUUUUGGGGAGGACCAAAGUGCUCAUUUCAGUGGAAGAUGUGAAUGACAAUAGACCGGAAGUGAUCAUUACAUCUCUGUUUAGCCCAGUCUUGGAAAAUACUCCUCCUGGAACAGUAAUUGCCUUCUUGAAUGUGCAUGACCGAGACUCCGGGAAGAAUGGUCAAGUUGUCUGUAACACACCUCAUAAUUUACCUUUUCAAUUGGAAAAAUCAAUAGAUAAUUAUUAUAGAUUGGUGACAUGGAAAUAUCUGGACCGAGAAAAGAUCUCUGUGUACAAUAUCACAGUGAUGGCCUCAGAUCUAGGGGCUCCUUCUCUAUCUACUGAAACUUAUAUCACCCUGUAUGUGGCGGAUAUCAAUGACAAUCCCCCCACUUUCCCUCAAGUCUCCUAUUCAGCCUAUAUCCCAGAGAACAACGCCAGAGGUGCCUCCAUCUUCACUGUGAUGGCUCAUGACCCCGACAGUGGCAAAAACGCCCAGGUGACUUACUCUGUGACUGAGGACAUCAUCAUGGGAAGCCCUCUCUCCUCCUAUGUUUCCAUCAACUCAGACACUGGCGUCCUAUAUGCGCUGUGUUCCUUUGACUAUGAGCAUAUACGAGACUUGCAGUUACUGGUGACAGCCAGCGAUGGCGGGGACCCUCCACUCAGCAGCAACGUGUCACUGAGCUUGUUUGUGCUGGACCAGAAUGACAAUGCGCCUGAAAUCCUGUACCCCGCCCUCCCCACCGAUGGUUCCACCGGCGUGGAGCUGGCGCCCCGCUCCGCAGAGCCCGGCUACCUGGUCACCAAGGUGGUGGCGGUGGACAGAGACUCGGGCCAGAACGCCUGGCUGUCCUACCGCCUGCUCAAGGCGAGCGAGCCAGGGCUCUUCGCGGUGGGGCUGCACACGGGCGAGGUGCGCACGGCGCGGGCCCUGCUGGACAGAGACGCGCUCAAGCAGAGCCUGGUGGUGGCGGUGCAGGACCACGGCCAGCCCCCUCUCUCGGCCACCGUCACGCUCACCGUGGCCGUGGCCGACAACAUCCCGGACGUCCUGGCCGACCUGGGCAGCAUCAGGACCCCCGCCGACCCGGACGAUUCGGACCUCACGCUGUAUCUGGUGGUGGCGGUGGCGGCAGUCUCGUGCGUCUUCCUGGCCUUUGUCAUCGUGCUGCUGGCGCUCAGGCUGAGGCGCUGGCACGCGUCGCGUCUGCUCCAGGCUUCCGGAGGCGGGCUGGUGGGCGUGCCGGCCUCGCACUUUGUGGGCGUGGACGGGGUGCGGGCUUUCCUGCAGACCUAUUCCCACGAGGUCUCCCUGACCGCGGACUCGCGGGAGAGUCACGUGAUCUUCCCCCAGCCCAACUACGUCGACACGCUAAUCAGUCUGGAGAGCUGUGAGAAAAAUGAUUCCUUGCUAACAUCCGUAGAUUUUCAUCAAUGUAAGGAUGAAGCCGCUUCUGUUCAGGUGAGUUCAGUUCUUUGUUCACGUUUAAUUCUCAAAGGAAUUAUAUUUUUUAUAAAUUUAUGUUUUAAAACGCACAUUGUGGAGAUAGUUUAAAAUAUUUUUUAAAAGUGUAGCCCAAGGUUUUUGGUUUUAGUGGUCAUACUAUAAAAUUGAGCUCUAAUCAUGAUAGUUUGCUUCAUUUGCUUUCCAAAGUCUUGGACAAGAUUUUUUACAUGUCAACUCUCAACCUUUUAAAAAUCUUACAUAUGUGGAGACUGGCUGGCUCAGUCAGUCGUGCGUGAGACUCUUGAUCUCAGGGUAGUGAGUUCCAGCCCCACUUUGGAUGUAGAGAUUACUUUUAAAAAUACAAAAAAUAGGGGUGCCUUGGUGGCUGGGUCUGUUGGGCCUCAGAUUCUUGGUUUCUGCUUGGGUUGUGAUCUCAGGGGUGGUGCGAUCAAGCGGGGGGUGGGGCUUCUGGCUCAGUGGGGAGUAGGCUUGAUAAUUCUCUCCCUCUGCCCCUCCCUCUAC